CCUGAACACGUAGUAACAGGCUGGUGGGUGUAACUCUGCACACGUUAUGAUGAAAGCCACAGACAAAGUAGAGAAGACUUACACUGUUAUCAAGAUACAUCUAUGAUAUAUAAAACAAUGUCAACAUCAGCAGUAGCAACUAUGAUUGAUCAUAUGACAACAUCAGAAGCAACAACAGGUACAACAAUCCUUGAGAUGACAACAUCAGCAGUAACAAUGUUUGAUCAUAUGACAACAUCAGACGCAACAACAGGUACAACAGUCCUAGAGAUGACAACAUCAGCAGUAUCAACAAUGUUUGAUAAUAUGACAACAUCAGAAGCAACAACAGGUACGACAAUUUUUGAGAUGACAACAAGCCUGCCCCCUGGUGAUGUAUAUCCUGAAUAUGUCGGCUUUAUUUGUGCAGUUGGGAGCGUUCUUAUUUUUGGAAGUGCAUUUGUGCCAACAAAAAAAUUUGAAAUGGGUGAUGGUGUGUUUUACCAAUGGGUGUUAUGUGGCGCCAUCUGGUGUGUGGGGCUGGUGGUUAACAUCGUCAGAGGGUUCCCAACUUUUUACCCACUUGCAAUGCUUGGAGGAUUUAUAUGGUGUACAGGUAACAUCACAGUUGUUCCCAUAGUUCAGACAGUUGGUCUUGGACUUGGAAGUCUGAUCUGGGGAACAUUUAACCUGCUGACAGGCUGGGCAAGUGGCAGAUACGGCUGGUUUGGCAUCCAGGCGGAGCCACCGACUGAUGUGCUGUUGAAUGAUUUAGGAAUCACAUUUGCUUCUAUAAGUGCCCUGUUUUGGAUAAUGGUGAAGGCAGAAGUAACAGAAUCAACAGAUAUUUCUGAUUCUCAGAGAAUCCUCAAAGGGGAAGAUGAUAAUGGCCCUAUAAUUUCUGUGAACAAUUCUUUUGGAGCCACCGUCAGAGAGAAGAGAGAGAAAACCUACAUAGAUGGAAUGACUGUCAUGCAGAAAAAGAUUUUUGGCACCUUGCUGUCAUGUGGCUCAGGCUUCUGUUAUGGGAUUUCUUUUACUCCUUGCAUCUACGUCAUGAACAACUAUCAGGGAGCCAGUCAGAAUGGUCUGGAUUACGUAUUUGGUCACUUCAGUGGGAUCCUGGCUACAAGCACCCUUUAUUUCCUCAUAUAUUGUGCAGCCAAGAAGAAUCGUCCCAGUGUGUUCCCGCGGGCUAUACUUCCUGGCAUGGUCUCUGGGGCUAUGUGGGCAGUGGCGUACUCCGGGUGGUUUGUGGCCAAUGAGGCUCUCAGUGAACCUGUGGCAUUCCCGAUUAUUUCAACCGGGCCUGGUCUGGUGGCAUCAAUAUGGGGGAUAGUAGUGUUCAAAGAGGUCAAGAUGAUGAGCCGAUAUGAGUUCAUAUUAGCAGGAAAACAGAUUAUAUUUCCCAGAAACUUUAUUACAUUACUUUUAGCAAUCGUUGUCACGGUAACUGGGGCAAUACUUGCAGCAUUUUCAAAAGCAUAGUCUUCAUACUUUAAUUACCAACUAACUGGACCUUGUUAUAUUGAUUUGGAAUCAUAGUGAACUUGAAGUUGUAUAGCAGUUUGAGUUUUUUUUCAUAACUUUUUCAUUCCUACUUAUUUUGUAACCAGAGAAAUUAUCAAGUUUGACAAAUGAAAUUUGUACAGAAUUUAUAACAGGGGGAUAGAAUUUAUGGAUCAGAGGGUAAAUAAAAUCUCAUCUGGAGCAGGAUAAACAGAGUAUUGAACAGGAAAAUAUAAAUUAUGGAUCAGAGGGUAAAUGGCGCUCUUUUAGAGCAGAAUGAACAAAGACUUUUAUCACCUUCUUUCCAAUUUUCAGGGAGGAGACUGCCAUUUAGUAAAAAAAAAGUCAGAAAAUAUGACGUUGGGUACAGGGGGCCACCUAGGCCACUGAUAUUGUUGGCUCCCAAAAGUUGGAAAAGUCUCAUCCCUGAAACAACUAUGCCCUUCGUCAAAUUUUCUGUGUGAUUUUCCCUGUCAAAUCAUAUUUUCCUCAAGAAAAUAUAUUCUUCCACAAACAAAUCCUUGUUCCACCAAUCCCUGUCCUUGGAUUUGAU